AUGCUUCUUCAAAUAUCAAUCCAAAAGGAUGAAGAUAUCAACUCAUUAUAUUAUACAGGAAAGGUCGUGCAUUGUGUAAAAUAUUCUCAAGACAAAGUUCCUACUUUAUCUCAAAGAGAACUUCGUGAAAAGGUUGUUGCAGAUGCAUUAGCCAAGGAUGAAGAAGAAAUAGCUAGAGCCAAGGCUCUUAGAGAAUUAAAUAAACAUACGACUGAGUUAAUAAGUUCAUUAAACAAAAUUCCUUCCGAUUUAAUUAAUUCAAGAUUGCAAAAGCUUCAACAAGAUUUAGAUAAAGUACCAAAGAAAAAAGUUAAACAAUUAGAUCAAGAAUUGGAAGAUUUUAUGGUUAAUCAUAUGAAUUUGCCAUAUUCAGAGGUUUUCAAUAGACCAUGGGCUGAAGAGCCUGUAAAUUCGUCGGGAGGUUCAAUAAUUUCGAAUGAUGAAGAUGGAAAUCAAAGAAUCUCUUCUAGUACUUCUUCUAAACUUUUGAAUGAAUAUCCAAAUUUAAAACCAACUGCUGAUCAUAGACCAUAUUCGGAACAAGAACUUUAUUUAAGGCAAUUAGAACAUUCUCGUCAAUCAGGUUAUUUAGGGUCAAAAUUGACUAAUAUUUAUAAACCGAGAAAUGAUAUAGUUAAUCCUAAAGAAAUUAAAGAUACUACAAUUGCUUCAUUAAUGGCAGCUGGAUGUCAUUUAGGACAUUCUAAAGCCAUGUGGAGACCAAGCACUCAACCUUUUAUUUAUGGUGAAUAUGAAGGAAUUCAUUUAAUUGAUUUGAAUGAAACUAUAACUGCUCUCAAAAGAGCUAGUAAUGUUAUCAAGGGAGUUUCUAAAAAAGGUGGUGUCAUUGUUUAUGUUGGUACAUCUAAAAGUUGGGUACAACAGCGUGCUUUAGAAGAAGCUGCUAAUAGAUCUAACGGAUUUUACGUAUCAAAGAGAUGGAUUCCAGGUAUGAUUACAAAUUAUACAGAAGUUACUAAACAAAUAGAAGGAGAAAGUAAGAUCGAAGUAGAUAUGGCCAAUAAGCCAACUGGUAGAUUAUUGGGUGAAGAUGGUAAAUCGAUUAUAAAGCCAGAUUUGAUUGUUAUUUUAAAUCCAGUUGAAAAUAGAAAUUGUAUUAAUGAAUGUUUAUUACUGAGAGUUCCAACUAUAGGGUUAUGUGAUACUAAUAUGGAACCAACCUUAUUGACCUAUCCAAUUCCAUGUAAUGAUGAUUCUGUAAGAUCAACUUCUUUGAUACUUGGUGUGUUAUCUAAAUCUGCUGAACAAGGUUUGAACGAAAGAUUAGAAGGUCUCCAAGCUUGGAAUUCUAACAAAAACUCCUGCGAUGAGUCUUGA